CGAGAAAGCAGGCUGUCUACUAUCUAGUGGCUCGAAUCACUUGCGGUCAACAAUUUUAGCCAAUCCAGCAAUUUUUAAAAGCUUCAACGUUGAGAACGUCAACUGUCAAAAAUGCGAAUUACCUAUGUCAUCAUUCGUAUCAUCAUCAUGCAUUUAUCUCUGUUCCUGUGCAACAUCUCGUCUGAAGAGACGUUUACAAGAUUUUGUCUGAACGCAGGACGUCAUGGCGAAGGAACACUCAAGAACUCUUACACCUGUGUAAUAAAAUACCCUGCACCGACAAGCAAUGAAGAAGAAGCGGAAGAAUUUUGCCGAGCUAAUUCACCUUUUGCUUUGGAAUCAUUUCGUUAUGGAGAGCCCACUAAAUGUAUUCAUGUAAAAGAGUACAGCUGUGAGGAAAACGAGGAAGAAGUUAUGGGGAAAUGUUUCGCACUGGCGGAGAGCAAAGGAAAACCGUUUUCUCGCGAUGCAUGCCCUCCAGAAUACACUUUACAUGUUCUUGAAAGCAGAGAAGAAUUUCAAUGGAUUGCAGUAUCCUUCCGACAAGCGAAGAGAGUCUGGGUGGGAAAUUCUGGAGCAAAUGCACGAUUUUUGAAACCAACAGAUUUCAUAAAACGAAAGCGACGAAGAGAUAAUGAAAAACCAAUAUUCAUUCGGUUGAAAGAAAGUGCGAAUCCUAGCGAAAGAAGAGGACAUGCCUACUAUGGUCAAACAAAUUUGAAAAUUCCAUACCUGUGCUCCAGACAAGCAGAACCUUUUGCAGAAACUCUCGCUCACAACCGAGAAUAUUUGGAGGACAUUGGAAUAACAAGUGCUUUCAUGGAAGGAAAAGAUGGGAAUCGACUUUUUGCGUCUUUCAACAUACGGUUCGCCGUAGAAGCCAAACAGUUUCAAGCAAACUUCGAAAAAAUCCAUGAAGCGUGCAAUGUUUUUGGGAAAGGCUUUCCCGUUUCUCGCGACGAUUUCUUGACAAGAGAUGAGUCUGCUGCAGUUCUGAAAAAAACUGGACUUAUUUUAGCAAGGGUUUCAGUGGGGCGUGCGCCUUCUUUUACUAUGAUGCCAGAUAAAGCAUGUAAAAAAGAAAAGUACUUUGAAACAAAUAGGAAAAAAUGGAGCUACUAUGACAAAAAUGGAACAACAUUCGUGGUUGCUGAUAAUCACUGGAUGAUUGGAUAUCCAGACAACAUGUGUUCGGAUACGCCCAGAAUCACAGUUGGUAUGGCUUCGUCUGGCUACAUAGACAUUCCAGCGAUAGCUCGCAAGUCCAUUAUAUGUUCAAUAGGCGACAACAAAGAUGGCGGUGCAAAAGGCCCUCGCACAGGAGCGCGACAACGCGGAGAAUAUUGCAAUAAAGCGGCUAGAUACAAUAAGAAAUUGAAACGAUGCGAAUGCCUUGACCCCAAAUCUGACGGGCGAGUGGUUGAUCCGGAAACAUAUGGACAUUACCCUAAGGGCGUUGUGUGCAUGUCCUGCGCAACUUCUGAGAAGAAAAGAUCAAUUCUGUUCCUUCUUGAUGGUAGCGGAACUUUAGGAAAUGAAGGCUGGAGAAAGGAGCUCGAAUUCGUAUCCACAAUUAGCAAAGGUGUUGGAAACGCCAGAACUGCAGUAUUAUUCACA